AUGCCACCACGAAGGAGGGUCUACGAAGAGGAGUCAGAGGACGCGGCGAGCGAGGAGGAGGCGCAGUCGGACCCCGUAGAAGAUGACGAACUUGACAUGGACGUGGAUGAAGACGCUGAGGCAGAAGAGGAUGCGGAGGGGGAAGAAGUGGACGACAUUGACGUUGUUGGCGACGGUACGCACGACGAUGAAGGCGUGGUAGACGACAAGGACGUCGUAGAGGAGGAUGUGGAGGAUGAGUUGAUUGACGACGUUUCAGACCCUGACGGGCUCUCAUCACCGGCUCCGACGUCGGGACGUCUCCCCACCCGACUCAAAAUCAGGCUGAAGCUCCCUGUUGGCGGCCUUUCAAGCACCAUUCAUACGUCUCCUCGUGCUCGCAGACGAGCGGCUGCUGUCCGUACAAGCGACAUCGAGUCCGAAGAUGAGGACGAGGAGGAAGAUGACGAAGAAGGAACCACACGGUCCACCUCGGUGGCCACCGCUGGGGCAGGAGCUCGGGCACUGACGGCUCGUCAAGCAGUCCUUGCGAAUGUAGUUGACUCCUCGCACGUCGCGUUGUCUGAGCCGCCGAAUCCACGCAAGAAGAAACCGCUUACCGAGAUUGAGAUCGCACUCAAGCGGGAGGAGACCGCCCGUAAAAGGCGUAAUUUGACUGAGAAGAAGCUGGAGGAUGAGAAGGCAGAGACCAUUAACCGUCUGCUGAAGAAGCAGUCCCGGGCGAGAGGCAAGCGCAAUGCUCUGUCCACAGCGGAAGACCGCCCAGGCCCAGGGGAAGCAGCCGGCGAAGGCGAGGAAGAGGAGAUUGUCGAAGCCUUCGCUCCCCCACCCACUAUGUACAGAUGGGUAUCGAGUGCGCGUUCGCCAUCGACGCCAGCAAAGGGAGAGGCUGGCGAAGCCGUUCCAGAGCCCGUUAUGACGCUGUCCUUCUCAGUACCUGUCUCGGCUCUCCCGCACAAAGAGGAGGGCGAAAACGUCAUGGAGGUUGACAGCGGAAACGGCUCGUUACACAUUCCUCCACCGCCGCGAUUGCCACCGGCGGAGCUGCCCGGGUGCGAUGUCCAAGGCUGCACGUCUUUGCGGAAGUAUCGUCUCGUGAGGGACUUCCAGAAGGGCGCGUGUGGACUCAGUCAUCUUAAGGCUCUCGAGGCUUAG